CCGCACAUGAUCUCUUUGUUUUUUUGUUUUGUUUUUGUUUUUAUUUUUAUUUUUACUUUUAUUUUUAUUUUUACUUUUAUUUUUAUUUUGUGUUAUUCAUUUUAAAUUAUUAUUGUAUGCAAAAAAAAAAUUCAUAGUAUAAAAAUUUAUAUAAACAAAGAGUACUUAAGUCUUCAAGGGGGUUUAUAUGCACUAUAUCCCCCUUGCUACUUCAAGGGAGUUUCUGCAAAUUACCUCUUAUCCUUUCUUUUCCAAAUUGCUACUACAAUUCUAAAGUAUCUCUUAUCUUCUAUAGCUAGGAGUAUGUCAGAGCAGCAGAACAGCGAGCCACAGGCAGUGGAGGUGCCCAAGGGCCGACCCGUCGGCGGCACCGAGUACAGCUGGUGCAAGGCCGUGCCCGGUGGCACCGGCAUAACUGUUCUGGGUCUUCUCCUCUCAAAAACCCCAGACUUGUCAGUUCUCCAAAAUGCCCUCCACAACCUCCAAAUUACCCACCCUAUACUCCGCUCCAAGCUCCACACCGACACCGACACCGACACCGACACCACCACCACCACCACCAACAAUUACAGCAACACAUUCUCCUACAGAUACAUGACACCACCCACCAGCCCUCUAGAUCUCCUCCAAAUCCAAUGGUUCGAUCUUCCAUCGACGGCUCAAGUCCUCCAAACCACUAAAGAGGACGACGACAACUCCUUUGACUCUGAUCCCUUCCACCUGAUCCUCGAACACGAAUUGAAUCGAAACACCUGGAGUAGGAAUAGUACUAGUACUAGUAGUGACGAAACCGACGUGCUCUUUGCCAGCGUGUACGGUCUAAGUGAUGAGAAGUGGGUGGUGGCUCUACGCCUUCAUACGUCGGCGUGUGACCGGACGGCGGCGGUGUGGUUGUUGAGGGAGCUGUUGGAGUUGUUAAUAAUGAGGAUGAGAGGGAAGGGGGAGGGGGAAUCAGGCAGCGGUGGGCUGCAGGAGGAGGUUAUAAGUUUGGGAAUUGAGGAUUAUAUUCCGAGUGGUAAAGCUAAAAAGCCUUUUUGGGCACGAGGAGUGGACAUGUUGGGCUACUCUUUGAAUUCUUUCAGGUUGUCAAAUUUGGACUUUAGAGAUGUCCAUUCCCCAAGAGCUUCCCAGGUGGUCAGGUUGCAGAUAGCGUCACAACACACUCAUGGGAUUCUUUCUGGUUGCAAGUCAAGAGGGAUCAGACUAUGCGGGGCCUUGGCAGCUGCCGGAUUAAUUGCUGCUCGAUCCUCUAAAUACCUUCCUGAUGAUCAGUGGGAGAAGUAUGCAGUUGUGACCCUCAUGGACUGCCGUUCGAUUCUUGACCCAGUUCUUAGCAGCCACCAUCUUGGGUUUUACCAUUCUGCCAUCCUAAACACACAUGACAUAAGAGGAGGUGAAAAUUUCUGGGAGCUGGCAAAGAGAACCUACACAGGCUUUGCGAAUGCUAAGAACAACAACAAGCAUUUCUCAGACAUGGCAGACCUCAAUUUUCUCAUGUGCAAGGCCAUUGACAACCCUGGUUUGACUCCAUCAUCAUCCCUGAGGACUUCCUUCAUCUCUGUGUUUGAGGACCCUGUGAUCGACCAUUCUAGCAAGUCACUGCGAGAGAUCGGACUGGAGGACUACCUUGGGUGCGCUUCGGUUCACGGAGUGGGCCCGUCUAUCGCCAUCUUCGACACGAUACGGGAUGGAGAACUAGACUGUGUCUGUGUGUACCCAUCGCCAUUGCAUUCGAGGAAACAGAUGCAAGAGCUGGUUGAUAAGAUGAAAAGGGUUCUAGUUGAUGUCAGUACUUGUGUGGAGGGUUCUGUCUGUCUCUCUCUUAUGUAUGCAUAUUACGGAGUAUUUUGUCAGCAGUUAGCAGACUUGUUGAUCUGAAAUUAAGGAUCAAUCGAGGGCAGUUCCUUCAAGUAUUUUUGCUGCGACUGGGAGUUGGGACUGUAUAGCAAUUAACACCAUUAAACUGUGUUGUGAGAUUUAUAUGUA